AUGGCUGUAGAACACGUCUUCGAAGCCAAACGGCAUAAACAAGAGCUUUGGGGAUGGUUAAGCUAUGCUUUUGCGAGUGAAGUGUUUGUGAUUGUCUCAUUGACUUUGUUUCUGCCAAUAUGCCUCGAACAGUUUGCGAGAGAUAAUGGAUUUUUGCUGCCUGAAAAGACGAUUACCUGUUCGUCUUCCUCGAAUCAGGCAGAAGAUGCUGCUGCACGUUGUGCUGUGAAAUUGGGAUGGGUCUGGAUUGAUAGCGCCAGUUUCAGCCUCUAUGUAUACUCAAUAUCAGUGGCACUGCAAGCUUUGACUGUCAUCUCGAUGGGUGGGAUAGCCGACCACCCACCCCACCGGAAGCGGCUAUUAUUCGGCUUUGCAUCUAUGGGAGCGUCAUCUGCUAUUCUCUUUCUCUUGCUGCCAUCAUCCUCAUCUUUCUGGCCAUUAUCUGGGGUCCUCGCAAUACUCGCGAACGUUGGCUUCAGCGCGUCCGUCGUGGCUAUGAAUGCAUACCUGCCCCUACUUGCUCGGGGGUCGGAAAACGUUGUUCGCGCUCGGACAGAGCUAGAUGCUCUAGACCCCGAAACCGUCACGCACGAGCCCGAAUCAAACGAAGACCAUGCAGAUGCGCCUCUGUUGCAAGACCCUGAAUUUGAUUCCGUCAAAGCUCUGGAUCUUAAACGCAAAUAUAAUACGGAGCUUUCAAAUGCGACGUCUGGUAUCUCGUCCCUCGGCAUCGCUCUGGGAUACUCGUCUGGUAUUGUUCUCCUUGCACUAACGCUGAUCCCCGUCACACUUUUACAUGGCUCUACUUUCUCGUUGAGACUUGCCAUAGGCCUUAGCGGUGUCUGGUGGGCCAUAUUUUCCAUACCCGCGGCUUUAUGGCUACCGAGUGCCACAGAAAGCUCAGGCUUAGAUUUGACAUGGGUGGGCGGGGAAGAUUUAGAGAACGAAGAAGCCGAGUGGAAUACGAAGAGGGAAAUCGUUGCUGCAUGGAAGAGACUUAUCGGAAUGUUGAGUUGGAUCGAGAUUAAGAAACUGAGAAAUACGUUCAAAUUUCUCGCAGCCUGGUUCCUCUUGUCUGACGGCUUCACCACCAUCACAUCGACAGCGAUUCUUUUUGGGAAAACGACCUUGCACAUGUCACCGUCAGCUCUAAUCCUGAUCGGGGUAUUAACACCUACAUCCGGAAUUGUCGGCUCUCUUGCCUGGCCUAUGUUGCAGCGACGCUUCGCUUGGAGCAAUCUUAAGGUCAUUAUCAUCCUUGUGCUAAUGGCAUCAGCGAUCCCUGCAUAUGGAUGUCUCGGAUUCUUGCCGGUCCUUCGGAACAAGGCGGGUUUUGGUGGCCUUACGACUCGGGGAGAAAUGUUCGGAUUGGCGGUAUACUUCGGGGCCGUUUAUGGUGCAUUCCAAAGCUACGCAAGGGCAUUAUAUGCAGAGUUGAUUCCCUCGGGAGAGGAGGCGAGAUGGUAUGGGUUGUUCUCAAUCACUGACAAGUCUAGUUCGUUCAUGGGGCCUCUGGUCGUUGGUCUGAUUGCCGACACGACAGGGAACAUUCGCUUUGCAUUCUUCUUUCUCGUUUUCAUGAUUUGGCUCGCAGUCCCAAUACUGAUGAGCGUCAACAUCGAACGCGGCAGGUCGGAUGCGCAGAGAAAUUCCUAUUCUGCAACUCGUAUCAUACGACAUACAUGA